AUGACGCAGUUUGAGCAUGAUUCGAUCCAGGGCAUCUCAUCCGAUAAACAAGAUGCCAGCACCCUGGAGGAGGCCAAGAGAAAAGGAGUCAACAGCGCACCUGAAUAUGAGGACCCUUUCGGAAACGAAGAGUUUGCGGAUGUGAAAUAUCGCACAUUGUACUGGUGGCAAUGCGGUAUGAUCAUGAUUGCAGAAACCAUCUCCUUGGGUAUUCUGUCCCUACCCUCGGCCGUGGCGACACUGGGACUGGUCCCUGCGGUAAUUCUGAUUGUCGGCCUUGGAUUACUCGCGACCUAUACGGGAUAUGUGAUAGGGCAGUUUAAGCUACGCUAUCCUCACGUCCAUAGCAUGGCUGACGCAGGAGAUGUGCUCUUCGCGCCUCUGGGUCUGGCACGCUUCGGUCGAGAGUUUCUUGGGACAGGCCAGCUGCUUUUUCUCGUGUUUAUCAUGGGUAGUCAUCUACUGACAUUCACCGUCAUGAUGAACACUGUUACUAACCAUGGCACCUGCUCCAUCGUUUUUGGUAUCGUCGGUCUGAUUGUCUCUUUUGUGUGUGCCUUGCCACGAACACUACGCAAGGUCUCUUGGUUUUCUUUUGCCUCCUUUGGCAGUAUCCUUUCGGCCGUGCUUAUAACAAUAAUCGCCAUUUCUAUACAGCGACCAGGGGAUGGGAAAGUCGAUGCGACCACAAAGACGGACGUUGCUACGGGAUUUUUAGCCGUGACGAAUAUCGUCUUUGCCUACGCCGGCCAUGUCGCCUUUUUCGGUUUUAUUUCGGAGAUGCAGAACCCCAAAGAGUAUCCCAAAACGCUAUUCUUACUUCAAGGAACCGACACAUGUCUAUACGUCAUAGCUGCAGUGGCCAUCUACGUAUACGGCGGAAAGGAUGUCAAGUCUCCAGCGCUCUCGUCGACGAGUCCUAUCACAGCAAAGGUCGCGUACGGAAUCGCGAUCCCCACGAUUGUUAUUGCCGGUGUCAUCAAUGGCCAUGUUGCAUCAAAGUACAUUUAUGUGCGGCUCUUCCGCGGAACAGAUCUCAUGCAAAAGCGUAGUUUCUUCUCGAUUGGGUCCUGGGUUGGAAUCACUUUCGCACUGUGGAUAAUUGCCUGGAUCAUUGCCGAGGCUAUUCCUGUCUUCAACAACCUGCUUAGUCUGAUUACUGCCCUCUUCGCGAGUUGGUUCACCUAUGGUCUAAGUGGCAUAUUCUGGUUAUUCCUAAACUGGGGAAAGUAUGGCGAGUCCAAGCGAAAAAUGUUCCUUUUAGUUGUCAAUCUGCUUAUUGUUGGAAUUGGUGGCUGCCUGUGCGGAAUGGGUCUUUGGGUCUCGGGGAAAGCAAUUCACGAAGACUCGAGCGGUGCAAGUUUCUCUUGUAGCGCAAACAGCGGCUAA